GUGAAGCGACAAAAAAAAGUCAUGGUCUACCAGCUUUUGACUGGAGUUUGCUCAAAAAUCAAAAAGAGUUAGGUCGUGGCAGUUUUGGAACAGUGUUUUCAGCGAGCUAUGGAGUUGAUGAGCGUAAAGUUGUGGUUGAGAAAUUAAAGGGAGAAUCAAUGGAGAGUAAACGACGUUUUUAGAAAGAGGCUGAAAUGCUGAACGGGGUUAAAGUGCAUGAGAAUAUACCAACUUUCUUGGGAUAUUCCGACAACCCGCAUGGUUUAAUGAUGGAGUAUGUGGGGUUCGACUUUAGUCCAUUUGAUACCGAAAAAGUGGUCUGUAAUUUAGAAGAUUUUUACCACUACGUCGACUGCGAAUUUGAUUUUGAAGCAUUUGCAGAUAUCCUACCAGUGUGCAUAAAAGACACCGUGGCUGGCUUGGAGUAUUUGCACCAGCACAAUAUAGCCCACAGGGAUUUGACGCCAAGCAACGUUCUAGUUUCCAAUCAACAUUACUGCAGUAAAGAACAAUCAAUUGUUGCUGAAAUGUACGCAAAGUGUCCGAUUGUCGCCAAAGUCGCAGACUUUGGACUAAGCAGGUCGUUGGACGCUCAAACGCAAUCUGUCCUGUGUUCAAGGACGGAUGAUAUAUGUCGUGGCACGCUGAUUUAUAUGGCCCCUGAAAUCCAUACUUGUCGUUUAACGAGUGCAAGCCAGGACGACUUGAAAAAGGCAGAUAUCUGGUCCUUGGGAAUUUUAGCGUACGCUAUAAUCAAUCCUAACCUGAAUAGUCCAUAUCACAAGGAGUCGGAAAGCUUGGGUGCUGCGUUUAAUUUGGACAUCAUGAAACACUUCAUGCAAUCACAGAUUCUUCCUACUCAUGAUGCGAAAUACGAAGUCUUGCGGGUGACCGAGUGGUGGCAAGUUGACGAAAUUUUCAAUUUGUGUGCAAGUUUCGAGCCAAAUUCACGACCAGCUGCAACCGAUAUUUUACAUAUGAUAAAGAAUGGCAGUAUCGAAUCAUCACUCGUUUUUAAAAAGCUUCGGCUGAGCCAAAACACUGCACUGGAAGCAUUUGAUUUAGAAUUUGUUCGUGAAAUUACGAGGGAAGAAAGACUCAUAAAAGAUGAUAAGAAGCAAAUUCCCGAGAAUGGUGCAACAAACGCUUGUGCCUUUUUAGCGGUUGCAAUAGGAGAUGCUUUUUUAAAAGCAGUUAUGAAAAAUCACGAUUUCUCUCUUGAACAUUUGGUGGACUACGCAGAAGAAGCUAUUAACCGUGUCCCGUCAAAAAUUAACCAUGUGAGAGAUCUAAACAAAAUGUAUGAGCCUUCAGAAGCCAAAUCUAUUUUAGAAGCCAAUAAUUUGCUAUCAGCAAACUACGAUUUAAUAGAGGAAUGCGUCUCGGCCAACGGAGUGUUCUCAGAAGCAGGGAGGAAAGAGCUUAUUACUGCUCUAACCAAUCCUCAACGAGAAGCGAAAAAUCGAGUUGGCCUUUACACUUGUAGUCCCUACACUUUCUUGGCAGGCAUGCACAAUAAUUCGUAUUUCGUACUCGAUACACAUCCCAUUGGCGAAGACCUUGGAGGCGAUGGCAAUGGUAUUGUCGUCACAACUAAAGAUCUUACGCAACGCUCCGGUAUGGUCUUGGUGCAAUGGAUUUUAAACCGCCUACAAAAUGGCGGUUUAAAUGGAAAAGAGCCACAAAGUUUUGCAUGGCUAAUGCCUCAGCAAGAAACUCGAGAGGGUAUGUUAGCUUUUAAUCCUUUUAUUGAUAGCUGUAACUAUUGUCAAGAUUGAGAUUUCAGUUGUACCUUCAUUAUAUGCAACCAGUGAAAGUUUGUAGUUAUUAUUAU